AUGGGCUGGCCUGGCGUGGGGAGUCUCGCCGCAACUGCGGGAUACUUCUUCUCUCGCAGCCAACCUAACACUGACAGCAAGACCCCGGAUUCAAUCUCCACCCGGCCGGACUCCAGAUCCGAGCCGCGUGCUUCUCCGACUGAAGAACACAAGCCGGAGGGACAUGACGCAGGCAUCUCGACAUCUCCGUCCCCAGACGACGAAGAGGAUGGUGCUCAGAACACACCUAAGGCGUCCGCAUCAAGCGCGCCACCACCUGUCCUUGCCGUCCCCACGCUGAGUCUGAACGGUGACUCAAGCGACAACGAUAAUGCCCCCAGCGUCGCGAGAGGCUCAUCAGCCCAGACGAGGGUGAACGGCCCAGGAAAAAAUGAAACCUUGACAACACCCAACGAUGCGCCCGCUCAGACGAGGAUGCAACCGCCAUCUCUCGCGGUGACUUCAUCGCCACAACAGCCACAGCCUACACCCUCUCUAAUGCCCCCACCCCCAAUCCCACGCCCCCGACAAACACCCCAACCAAACAGAGCACCUCCAACCCUCCAACCACCCCGAUCAAGCGCCAGCUCCCUCCGCACACCCCCGUCUGCCGCCGCAGGCCUCCGCGUUCCCCCAUCCGCAAGCACCAGUGGCGGCAGUGGCCUGAGCACCAGCACCCUCGCCCCAACUACAGUCAAAAAACAAGCCUCCCGCAAGGUAGUCCUCGAACCAGGCUACUCACCACUAGACUGGGCCGUGCGCGCCGCAAACCCAAACAAUCAACUCCGCGGCGCGGGUCUACCCUCGGGUCUGCUGCGGGUGACGCCUUCCAUGCUGAAGACGCAGAAUGGGCGCAAGGGCCGCGAUGCGUGGACGUCAUAUCAGGGCAAGGUUUAUAAUAUCUCGCCGUAUGCGCCGUAUCAUCCCGGUGGGAAGGGUGAGUUGCUGCGGGGUGCGGGGAAGGACUCGGCGCAGUUGUUUGCGGAGAUUCAUCCGUGGGUGAACUGGGAUGGGAUUUUGGGAGAGUGUUUGGUUGGGAUUUUGGUUUCGGAGAAUGAUGUUCAGGUGGAGAAUGGGUUGGAUGCGAUGGAUUGA